AUGGAGCCGCCGUUUCCAAAAGAGUGCCAGCUCAGCACAGCGUUCGAUCCCGACCCACAUCGAGUGGCAAGCGAACCUUCAGCCAAAAACCUUCCGGGAUAUCCUGAUAUAUCACUUCAGGAUCAAAAUGGGCUGCUGAACUUUCUCGAGAAAGAAUACUGCUCGGUUGACCUGGAUCGGAUGGCGGGUAGGCUCUGGUGGAUGUCAAAGCAGGACAGCGCGAAUAUUUCCCCCCUCCACCGACAGUUUGUAAAAGGGCGAACCAUCAUCGUAACCGAGGAUCCGAAAUUGCAUCUGGUGUGGAUCCGCGAUCGAAUAUUUGUGAAACCCCUCCCCCGAUAUCUCACGUCGUACAACUUUUGGCGACGCUAUUUGGGUAACGAAGCAGUCUGUACGCCUUGGAGCCGUUAUAGCAGUGUCCGAAAGGCGGCUUUGGGCUAUCUCAGGACAUACUUCUAUCUUGUAAGGUCUGAAUCUGACUUCUAUGUCGCGCAAGAUCCAACUCUGCACCUCGUCCCGAAGGAGAUUACCUGGGAACAAUUCUGCUCGUUUACAACAAACCUGGGCGGGAUCUCUAACCAGGAUGUAUCUGAGCGUUAUGCCUACGGCGAGAUUAGACUGACCAGGCUUAAUUUCUACGCACCAUUCCUUCUCGGAAAAUCACAUUUCCAGCGAGUUGAGUACCAGUACAGCGAAUAUUUUGCCCGCUUCUACGGGCCAACUUUGUUUCUGAUUGGAGUUGCCUCAGUAGUUCUGAGCGCAUUGCAGGUUGCCCUUGCUGUCCAACAGGUGGAUCCCGUGCCGAAUGGUCGAGCGCUUCUAGCGGCUUCUCUUUGGUCCAGCAUAACGAUGAUACUCUGCUUCUUUGCUGUGCUAAUAAUCCUAUUUUGCCUUUUUAUAUAUAAAGUUUCGAAGGAGUGGAAGUACGCCAUCCAAGACCGCCUCCGACUCCUGGAAUCCAGGAAAUGA